AUGGAACACAUCAUGAGUUCACCUCCCCAUGAAGUCCCACUGCCACCUCCAGGCCAAGACGAGACCCUUUGGGGUAUCGAAGAAUCUCCCCACCCGAAUGGCUUCCAUCACCAGCAAAGCACAUCCCUCGAUCAAGGGCUAGCUCAAAGUCCACGACAAGAAGACCCUUCGACCAGAUAUACUCCCCCCGUCCAAACCGCACCGCCAAUUUCCCGCCCAGCUAGUGGCUUGUCCAACCCCGCACACCAAGCCUACAACGACUAUCGACAGAGUUCCGGUGAGCCAUCGUCCAACGGUCGAAACCAUGUUGUCAUCAAGGUCGGCAUGGUUGGCGAUGCGCAGAUCGGCAAGACCUCGUUGAUGGUCAAGUACGUCGAGGGGAGCUGGGAUGAGGAUUAUAUCCAAACGCUGGGUGUCAAUUUCAUGGAAAAGACAAUCUCCAUCCGCAACACGGAAAUCACCUUUUCGAUCUGGGAUCUCGGUGGUCAACGCGAGUUUGUCAACAUGCUGCCUCUUGUGUGCAACGACGCAGUCGCCAUUCUCUUCAUGUUUGAUCUUACCCGCAAGAGUACAUUGAAUAGCAUCAAAGAGUGGUAUCGCCAGGGGCGCGGGUUCAACAAGACGGCCAUUCCAAUUCUCGUCGGCACCAAGUACGACCACUUUGUCAACUUUCCUCCCCAAGACCAAGAAGAAAUCUCAAAUCAGGCGAGACGGUUUGCGAAAGCCAUGAGAGCAGCAUUAAUUUUCUCGAGUACGAGUCACAGCAUCAACGUGCAAAAGAUCUUCAAAAUUGUGCUAUCCAAAGCGUUCGACCUGAAAUGCACGAUCCCCGAAAUCGAAAACGUCGGCGAGCCGCUCCUCUUGUAUCAGUCGGUGUAG